AGAUUUCUCAAUCCUUACUUCCCGGACGGCUGCUGCUUUGUUAAUGGGUUAUCAGUCCUCAAAUAAAACAGCUGACUGCAGGUCGAUAAAAACUUUUGGAGUGGAUUCUGUCACCUAAAGACACAAACACUAAUACAGAGUCGGACAUGUACGUCAAACCUUUACUGUGGGGCCUUCUCUUCUGCUCCGUCCAGCAGGGUGAGUGUUUGGAUUUUAUGGAGCUUUUACUUCACUUUCAGUCUGAUUUUUGGCGUUGUUGGCACCGGAGUCUAUGUGACCCUUUUUUUUUUUUGCGUGUCAGUAACAAACCCUCUCACUGCUUAUUGCCUCAGUGUUUCUGCAGGGGUCAGAGUAUGAUUAUGAAAUUUAUGAAGACCUGGAGCCUCUAAACUGCUCAACUACAGAGAGCAUUAAAGGUGGAAACGUCACUUACUCACAGGUAUGAAUAACGAAAAACAAGAAAAGAUGAAAACAGAAUUUCAAAUCACAGCAAAGAGAGUACACGAAGGGUUUAACCAGCCAAGUUUCCAGGACAAAAAAGGAGAUGGUGAAAUGAUGUGGUUCAUAAAAUAUCCUGAAAGUGAAAGUAAAGACAAGACUGAAUCUAACUGACGAUAAAAAGAAACUAUAACGGAUGGAAACUGAAGGAACUCAUGCAAGUAUCUUCAAGAAAUCCCAUCCUUUAAUUUGCCUUUAAAAAUUGGUGUGUGUGUGUGUGUGUGUGUGUGUGUGUGUGUGUGUGUGUGUGUGUGUGUGUGUGUGUGUGUGUGUGUGUGUGUGUGUGUGAGUGUGUGUGCGUGUGUAUCCUCUACAGUCGGGGCUGGAGGACAGCGUUCUGACCUAUCACUGCAGCCCCGGUCAGUACCCGUACCCUGUCAGCACCAGGACCUGCAGUGAUGGGGAGUGGUCCCCCAUGAGGUUACCCAGUGGCAGAGCAGUGUCUCGUGCUUCAUGCAAAGGUUAUGUUUCCUGAUCAGGAUGCAUCAACUUUAUGUGCACUAAGUUAUCUAUUCAUUAUCUGAAUGUUUACUCUGUGGUUUCCUGCACCAUCUCCUCCUUCUCUCCCACUCUCUUUUCUCCUCAUCCAUCCUUGUCCUGGUCUCAGAUGUGAUGUGUCCGGCUCAGCUUCAGCUGGAUAACGGGGACUUCUGGCCCAGGGAUCAGUGGCUCCCUGUCGGGGUGUCGCAGAGCUUCUCCUGCCAGGAAGGGUUCACCCUGUACGGGUCAGCCCAGAGGAACUGCACCUUGUCAGGGGAGUUGACGGGGACCACUCCUGUGUGUCAGCACUUUGGUGAGUAAACAGUGUUAUUUUUGAUGGUAAACAUACAGAACAUGGACAUAAGUUUCUUUAUAGGUGCAGCAGAGAGGAUAUCAGCUUAAAUGUGACCUUUGACCCAGUUGAGUGAGUGUAUUAGAGCGUAUGAUUGUAGGGUGAGCAUGCACUGACUAAGCUCACACUUAUGGAGGUUUACAUCCUAAAGCAGCUUUUGAUGAAUACAUGCAUUUACUCUUUACCAUUCAGAGUUUUAAGACACACUCUUACUAAAGGUUUCUAUGCAAGUGAGGCCUUUUGUGAGCUAAUUUGAAGUAUUAGAACCAAACAAAGACUCAGUACCAAUCCUUUUUCUGUGUGUGUUUCUUCUCUAUCUGAAGAUGAAUCUGAUGACUGCAAUGACCCGGGGAUCCCAGCAGGGGCUCAGAGGAUAUCAGGACAUUUUCACAUUGGGGAGAAAGUGAUCUACCGCUGUCAGGCUGGUAUGGAUCUGCUCGGGUCAGCUGAGAGGGUUUGCCUGGAGAGCGGGCAGUGGAGCGGCUCAACUCCACGUUGCCAAGGUGCAGACACACAGAUGGACUGCUUUUGGAUUUGUAUGAGGAGUACCCAUCAGUUUAACACCCCCCCCCCCCCCCCACCACCCCCCCCCCCCCCCCCCCAAAAAAAAAAACAAAAAAAAAAAAAAAAACUGAUGAAAACUACUGGGAUGCAGCUCUGUCAGGUUACAUCAUAAUAAAAAAAGCACCAGUGUGUGACAUCUUUAUGUUUCUGCAGCACCACACACCUUUGAUUCCCCCGAUUUGGUGGCAGCAGCCUUGGGAGGGUCCCUGGCAGGGGUCAUGGAUGUUCUUACACCAGAUGCCUUACAGGAAGGUGAGUACACCUGCUGUAUGUUGUCCACAUUUCCAAACCUCAGUUUAUACAACAAGAAGACCUUUAGUGUGUGUGUGUGUGUGUGUGUGUGUGUGUGUGCUCGUGUAAGGUCAGAGGGCAUCGUUUGGGAGAACCAUCCGUGUGGCUGAGGGCAGCCGAAUGAACGUCUUUAUUUUACUGGACUCGUCAGGAAGCAUCGGGAAGCAGGUCUUUGAGGAAUCCAGGAAAGCCACUAUCGCUCUAAUUAGAAAGGUCAGUUAAAUAAAAAGAUGAUUAGAUGAUGUUUACGCUCCUGUCAGUCUGAUUUCACGGAGUGUGAAUCCUCCAUGUUCUAUUAAUAUGCCUCCUAGUUGGAGAGCUACGAGGUGCAGAUGAAGUUCCAUAUUUUGUCAUUUGCAAGCGAAGCCAUAGACAUUGUGAACAUCACAGACUCACACAUGAGUGGCGACAUAGAUGACGUCAUCUGGAAUUUAAUGGAGUUCGACUACCACAGUAAGACUCUGCUCAUUUACUCUUUUGAGGCCCUCAGUAUGAGAGUACAACAUGCUUCAGUCUUCUGCUUUUCUGCAGGUCAUGGAGAGAAGAAGGGCACCAAUCUCCAUGCUGCACUGCUGCGUGUCACAGAGUUGAUAAGCUUUUUGAAGCAAAACAGCGCCAGAAACCAUUUUAAUGAGACUCAGAACAUCAUCAUCAUAGAGACAGAUGGUAAAAAUACAGCUAACCUCUCAUGCUCAGGCUGGAAAAGCAUGCAUCCGAACAUGACUAUAGCCUUACUUUAUUUUUUGUCUGUAGGUUACACCAACACUGGCUCCAAACCUCAACAUGACCUGGCAAAUAUUCGAAAUCUGCUAGGUUAUCACACCCCAGGUCAAGAUCACGCAGAUGAGACAAUGCUGGGUAUAAAAAAAAAUUAAAAAAUGAAAAUGAAAAUAACCUUAACUCUGUCAUAUAAUGGGAGAGUUAUUAACUCUAUUUGGGAUGUUUUUCAGAUAUCUAUGUGUUUGGUAUUGGAAGCGAGGUGAAAAGAGAUCAGUUGAACUCUUUAGCCUCUCAAAAAAACGGUGAGGAGCACGUCUUUAUCCUGAAAAACUACAAAAUGCUGGGGGAGGUGUUCAACAGCAUCAUCAGUGAGUACAAGACUGAGCUCAGACAAUACUUUCUGAUGUUAUUGUCUCUGUCCACUUUGAAAUACACCUGAAGACUCAAACUAGAGGACAGCUGUUUUCAAACGCUUAGUACAAGUUUUUGAUGUGUUACUUGGUACAAUCAGAAUUUGACUGUUUGAAAAUUACAGAAGAGGAUACAAGCCAGUAGGGGGAAAAAAAGUACCCAUAUUCUGUAUAGUCAGAAUUAUGACUUGAAUGUCAUAAUAAUAAUAAAAAUAUAUAUAUUGGCCCUAAUCCUCUUCCAUAGAAAAUCAUAUAAGCUUACAUGUAUGUAAAAAGUCUGCAUUUAUAAGACAUGAAAUGAAACUGAAAUCUGUUACCAUCAAAACUUUGGUUCUGUUUGACUUUAUAGGUGACAAAAGUGUGACGAUGUGUGGGGUAGCUCAAGAAGACAUCAGCAAGGACCAGGGAGAAGAAGGGAAAGACGUCUUUACCAGACCCUGGCACAUCACUUUUCAGUCGCCUAGGAUGGUCAGUUAAGUCAAUUAAGUCACAACAGAGAUCUAUCUUUUUUUACCCACUCUAGGUUUUAACUCUUAACAGUUUUUUUUCCUGCCUUUAGUCUGAGCCAUGUGUCGGAUCUAUUGUAAGCCAGAACUGGGUGCUGACAGCUGCUCACUGCUAUGCCAGAGCGAGUACAGACAGUGUCUCUCUUGAGCGGGACAUCAAAACAGGUGGGUGUCAGUGCAGGGGAAUGUUUUAGAGAUAGAGGUUUUAUGAGAGAUGGGGCAGAGGAAAAAUAGAAAGAGGAUGGUUGAGAAGUCAGUGUGUUGACUAAAAUCAUUGAUAAGGUGGUCUUGACAUUUUUGUUGAUUUCAUACCUCUUUAUUUAUAAAUGAAAUCCACUUUGUUGCUUCCAGGUGACGUCACUGUGGUUCCCAAGAAGGUGAUCAUUCAUCCCAAUUACAACACCGCCGCACUCAAACACAGAAAUGUAUCUGAGUUCUACGACUAUGAUGUCGCUCUGGUGCAGUUGAACAUGAGUAUCCCACUCUCCUGGAAAGCCAGGUACGACAAAAGAAGAGAUGCUCAUCAAUUCAAAAAAAGUUAAUUAUAUCUCUGAAAGUGUUUGUGGACACAAAUUCUAUACCCCUGAUGAAAAAACUGAGGUAAAUGCCAUGAGAUGUAGAAUUUAGACUGAAGUAAAUAUGUUGUGUCCUACAACAGACCCAUCUGCUUGCCUUGUACUGUACCAGCCAGCCGAGCCAUGAAAAAAGUCAACUCCACCUGCCAGCAGCACAGUAAGUAAGCUUAUGGGCUCUAUUUUUGUGCCCGCCAGCGACGCGGUGCAAGGUGGCACACUCCGCGCAGUGGUGUUUUCGUCUGGCGGAGCCCGGUGCACAGCCAGUUUGGUGUUUUUGUAGACUGAGGCGCGCCGAGGUCCACCAAGCUGGGCGUUGUGGUGCGGCAGGGGGAGGUGUUGACAGAAUCACCUUGUGCAGUGACAUUUUCGUGCUCACCGCUGGCGUGGAAAGUGCGCUGAAAGCUCGCCGAUUCAAACCUGGUCAGCUUUCAGAGCAGGCGGAGCGCAGCUGGUCUAGUGGUAUUUUGGUAGACUGGCGGCGUAUCGGCAUACGUCACCGAUGCCUCACCGGCAGAUUUCCACAGUGUCAGGUACAUUUCAGUGCAAUCAAUAAUCAACAACAACCAAUAUUCAGUGCAACCAUCUGAAUCAGCACUUUCAUUUAGAUAUCGAUAUAUUCUAAUCUAUAUCUUAUCUGAUGAGUGCAUUUGGCACGUGUUUAUACACUCAACCUGACUGGAUUAACACAGCUGAAACCGCAUAGAUUAAAAUAUCCAGUAAACAGUCACACAUGAUGAAUACAAUACAAACAACACAAUAUUUAAUUUGUUUCCCCCCUUUUUCUCCUUCCUCUCUUGAUCUCUUUGACUACUGCAUGAUAAUUGUAAUAUGCCAGUGGCGGAUUUAAAGGUGAGGGGAGGAGCUGAUGUGAAAACAGGUCUCGGCUGUGUUAAAUCUACUCCACGCCCUCUCUCCUCCCUCUCUUUGACUUACACCGCUGGGAGGAGCUGAGUUAGGGAGGGGGGAUACUUAUGCCGGGCUGCGCCGCUCAUCAAAAUACCAAAGUGUGCUUGGGCCUGCCUUGUUGGCACAGCGGACCUGACUUACGCCAUGCCUGUGCCAAGCCGCCGGCAAGGCACAAAAAUAGAGCCCAAUAUCUCUACACUCUACCAAAGCAUUCAUGAUAGGAGUUUCUUCAAAUAUAUAUAUGUAAAUACUGGCAUCCUGUGUCUGCCCUGAAAAUAUUGAAUUCUUUUCAAUGUAAAGAGGCUGGGCCGGACAGCCAUAUGUGUACUCUUUCAUGAACACAAUCCCAGUAUACUCUCUUGAUUUUUAACACUGAUGUAAAUGCUCUUGUUUGCCUACAGGGGAUGAGCUACUACCCAAUAAGGAGACAGCCGCUUUUUUCAUCCAUAAGGACUCCCAACGCAAAACCACAUAUAUUCAAACAGGGAGUCAGGUCAGAUUGCAGCUGCUGAUGUUAUAAAAUGUUGAGAAAAUAUGCUUUUACAUUCAAGAGUGUUAAAUAUAAACCUGUUUGAUGUGUGCAGAGGCCUGGCUGUGUAGAGAAGGCUAAGCUAACCCUCAAAGAGACGACUGAUGUGACUCUGGACGAAUAUGUACCUGACAGAUUUCUCUGUUCAGGGGGAUCUUCGGGGUACAAGUCAGAUAUCACCUGUAAAGGUCAGGACUCUUGACUUGUUUUGUCCCAGUUCUCAGAGUGUGGACCUGCAUGGUUUUAACAAUGAAGUUUGAAACUGUCUCUUCCUCUGCAGGUGACUCUGGAGGAUCUGUGUUUCUGCAGAAAGGAAAGCGCUACUUCCAGGUCACCAAGUUUAUCAUUAAAAAGCAUAUCUAUCUGCAUGCUCAAUAAAAAGAACUUUUCACAGAGCUUUCUCUUGCUUCUACCACCAGGUGGGGGUAGUGAGCUGGGGCACCAUAGAUGUCUGCAACAACCCAUUUUCAAGGGGGCGCAACAGUCAGCAUCCUGAUGCUCGAGACUUUCACAUCGACGUUUUUAAGAUAAUGCCGUGGCUGAAACAGCAUCUGGGUAAAGAGAUCCAGUUCCUGCCUGAGAUCAACUGAGAGGCUGCAGUCCAGGUCCAGCUUUCCCGAGCUUCAUUACCAAAAGUGAAACCUGCUGUGGUGCAGUAAACUCAACUAUAAAGGUGGUUUGUUAAAGAAAACCAAAACAAUAACCAAUAAACAACAUGCAUUGGGUUU